AGCCGCAUCCCGGAAGUGGAAGAGCAGAGGUCAGCUCGUCUUUUCCUGCUGCUAGAGUGCCUCAACGGACCUUGGAGGUGUCGCUCGGCCGGGGCCGCAGGAUGAAGGAGGUGAAGAGCGAGCGGGAGCGCGGCGGCCGGCGGCGGCACCGGGCAGGCGACGCGGUGGCCACCGUGGUGGUGAAGCAGGAGCGCCUGAGCCCCGAGUCCGCCUCGCACCGCCGGCCAGACGUCCCCGCCGGCAGCCCGUCCCCGCCGACCACCGAGUCCGGCCGCGCCGGCCGCCGAGGGAGCCGAGCCCGGGGAAUCAGCCGGUCCCCAGCCAAAAAGAAAAGCAAGUCCUCAGGGAGAAGAAGCAAAUCUCCUCGCACCAAGAGAAACCGGAGUCCGCACUACUCCACCAUCAAAGUAAAGCAGGAACGUGAGGAUCAUCCACGGAGAGGACGUGAGGAUCGGCAGCACCGUGAGCCAGCAGAACAGGAGCACAGGAGAGCUCGAAACAGUGAGCGACACCGAGGCCAUUCCCGCCAGAGGAGGAGCUCUGAUGAGAGGCCUGGCAGUGGGCAGACUCAGGGUCGGGAUCGAGAUAGCCAGAACCUGCAGGCCCAGGAAGAAGAGCGGGAGUUUUACAAUGCCAGGCGUCGGGAGCAUCGCCAAAAGAAUGAAGGCAGUGGUGGGGGGGAGGCCCAGGAGGCUGUCCCUCGACCUGCUGGCAACAGUAAAAACAAAGAGGUGCCUGUUAAAGAAAAACCAAGCUUUGAGCUUUCUGGGGCACUUCUUGAGGACACCAACACCUUCCGGGGUGUAGUUAUUAAAUACAGCGAGCCUCCAGAAGCCCGGAUCCCCAAAAAACGGUGGCGACUCUACCCCUUUAAAAAUGAUGAGGUGCUUCCAGUCAUGUACAUCCAUCGGCAGAGUGCUUACCUUCUGGGCCGGCAUCGCCGCAUUGCAGACAUUCCCAUUGACCAUCCUUCUUGUUCAAAGCAGCAUGCAGUAUUCCAGUACCGGCUUGUGGAAUACACCCGGGCUGAUGGCACAGUUGGCCGGAGGGUCAAGCCCUACAUCAUUGACCUUGGCUCAGGCAAUGGAACUUUCUUGAACAACAAGCGUAUUGAGCCACAGAGAUACUAUGAACUAAAAGAAAAAGAUGUGCUUAAAUUUGGGUUCAGUAGCAGAGAGUAUGUCUUGCUCCAUGAGUCAUCUGACACCUCCGAACUAGACAGAAAUGAGGAGGAUGAUGAGGAGGAAAUGGUGUCUGACAGCUAGCAAACUGAGAAAGGCCCCAACUGUUGAAACUUUUCCUACUCAGGAGGCUUUGGAUUGACUCCACAGCGCCUCUUAUUGCCUUAAAUCUUUGCUCUAUUGCUGACCAGCGUAUGUUGUCAUUUGAGAACAGUAACUUUGUGUUUUGUUGGAACUUGUUUUUGUGGCACAUCAGCCCCAUGCCUGUGAGCAUUUGUCUUCAGAACAGUCUCACCAAUUACAGCACAUUGUGUUUCAGUAGAAGCAUUGUGGCUUAGUUGGUGCUUUUGGAACUGCUGCCUAGGAAAACUAAACCCUUGGUUAAAGGGGUGUGGCUUCUCUUUGUGCAGUUACUGUAUUUAUACCAUCCUUGAGCUUUGUGGACCAGGAGUUUUGUUUUGGGGACAAAGAGGGAGAGAAUCUUCAUAAGCUUUGGUUGUCACCAAAACAACCUCCAGCACAUGCCAAAGCUUUGACCUGGUUGAGCUCUUGAGUUGUAGAAGUUGAUUUUGCACUUAAUCUUUUGGGGGUGAGAUUUACCAUGUGACCUCAUUAUUGACUGUCUAACUUAAGCAGAUGCUCUGUGGCACCCGUGUAAAGAUGUGACCUCGCAGGGAGGUUGUGGCUCCUACAACAGGUGUUGGUAUAUCAGGAGAGACUGCAGUAGUGGGUUGUAGAUCUGUUUCCUGUAAGAGAAUUCCCAGUUUCCCCAUGAAACAUGGACUUAAUGAUUUCCAUCAUUUCGUCUGUUUCUUCAGCUUUGCAUUUUUAUUCAAAUGUCACCUGUUUUUCUCCCUUCUUUUAGAAAUACACUCACUUUGUAGCAGGAGCCUUGCUUUAGUCUAACAACAUAUAUAUGUCUAAAGGAGGUUGUGUAGCCUACAUGUUUCUACACAUUUCAUCUUUUAAAGUGUGUUUCUAUUUACCUACCAAGGGUGGAGAGCAAGGAGACUGCCUGGUUUCCAGAUUUUCCACCUGGGGACUUUGGUGUAAGUAGGCAAUGUUUGUAUAUACUAAUGGUGUGUUUCAGAGCUGCAUACUGAUUUUCAUAUGACAAUGUUUAUGAUAUGUAAUACCACGUGAUAGGCAAAGACCUGGCCUGUUUGCAUUUGAAGAACAGGUUUUCAUUUAUAUGUAUUUUUGGGAUAAAAAAAUAAAAUUUGUAAAUAUA